AUGAAUCUGUUAAUACUCCUCGGCUUUGGGACUCUCCAGGAAUGGCAGCUUUUAAUGUUUCCAUUGUUUUUGGCUGUGUAUCUUAUAACGUUAGUAGGAAACUUUCUCAUUUUAGUUGUCAUAUCUAUGGAUAAGAAGCUUCAUACACCCAUGUAUUUCUUCCUUGGCAACCUGUCUUUCCUGGAAAUAUGGUAUACUGCGAACCUCACUCCCAAGAUGCUCGUGGAUUUACUGAGAAAGGAGAAAAUCAUUUCAUUGACAGGUUGUUUUAUACAGCUGUACAUUUUUUGUGCCUUGGGAACUGUUGAGUGCUUCCUCCUGUUGCUGAUGUCCUACGAUCGUUAUCUGGCCAUCUGUAACCCUCUGCAUUAUGCCAAAAUGAUGGACUGGAGCUAUUGCUUUAAAUUAGCUGCUGGGACCUGGUUAUGGGGUUUCCUGUUAGCUGCUGGGUUGAACUACAUUGUAGCCACAUCUUUAACCCUUUGUGGACCCAAUCAAGUUGAUCAUUUCUUCUGCGACCUGACCCCCUUGUUGAAACUGUCUUGCUCUGACACUCACCCAGCAGAGAUGGCCAUCUUUGUGGCAUGCUUUGCUGUAUCAUUGUUUCCUUUUCUCCUGACCAUUACAUCAUACAUAAAGAUAAUAUCAACUAUUCUCAAAAUCCCAUCUUCCUCUGGAAAGGUGAAAGCCUUUUCCACUUGCAGUUCUCAUCUUACCAUUGUAACCAUUUUCUAUGGAAUGCUAGGGGUCACAUACAGUGUCUCUAUAGGAACUCAGUCAGUGGAAUUAAAUAAAAUCCUUUCCUUACUGUACACUGUUCUGACCCCUCUGUUUAACCCUAUUGUGUACAGUUUAAGAAACAAGGAGGUCCAAGAAGUAUUAACUAAAUUUCUGCGUAAAGGUUCAGUUUUCUCAAACCUUCAGUACUAUUUGUCAUCUAUCCAAACGUGUAAAAAAGAAUAA